AUGUUGCAGGCGAGUAUUGAUGGGCUCAGGAGGGAGAAUGAGAGGUUGAGGGGGUUGUUGGGUUAUGUCGAUGCCAGUGAUGGAGGGAGAGGAGCAGAGAAGAUUGCUACUGCUGCUACUGAGACCGGGGCUGGUGCUGGUACGAGAUAUGAUGCUGGUUCUUCCGAAGAGGUAUCUCAGACUCGGACAAUAUCCAUGAGUGAUAUACAUCCGAGGACUGGGCUUGGAGGAAACGGUGCGGAAUUGUCUCCGGGUACUCCGGGUGCGGCCCUUUCGCAAUCAUCCAAGAUUAUGCCGCCGGGCUUGGUUGGAAAUCAAUCAUAUUAUUCCGGGACAUUUGAAUCUCUCCAAUGGACCACAAGCAUUCCACCUUCGCCAUCUAGUAUGCUCUGCGGAAUCUCUACGGAUCUCGCAAACCCAAAUCUGAACGACUACCUCCCAAAGACUCCCGGAGGAUCAACCUUCCAACUAGACUGGCUUCAAUGGCUCUCUACUACUCCUGCCGACAUACCCAGCGGUGACACCGUCAAAGGAACAGAUACAACACUCUCCACCGCUGCCUUUGGACUCAUGCGCUAUAACAAGCGCAAUUCGAGUAUCGGUUAA